UAUAACCAUCUAAAAGCUGUCAUGCUUGGCAAAGUUAUCAUCAUCUUGGUUACCUUCUUGCUUCGAGACACGUUAGGAGGAAUCGCAGUAACCUUUCAAACACCAGACGUUCUUACCAUUUCUUACAUCAAGAAUAAUCCGAAUUUUUUUGAUUAUUGUGACAAACAGUUGAAUGAUGUAGUGGAAGGUUAUGCCCUAAGAAAGUUAGCCUGUGGAGCAUUAAAAUUGUCAGCAAAUGAUGAUCCACCCACCUCCUUUUCCGACAUGAAUGGCAUAGGUGGUGACUUUGAUAAAUGGGCCAGAAAAAAAGAAUACAGGGGAUACAUCCAUAUUCCCAGCUUUAACAUUAAGUGUGAUGCUAAAGGUAAACUUGUCACUGCUAAUCCCCGUGAUCCUGAUUACCGUAAUAAAGAAAAUCCGACCAAAAAUCCAGAACAAUGUGACGAUGCCGAGCGCAAUCCUUAUGGGUAUACUAAAAUACCUAAUCUCCUUUCGCGUAAUCCAAUUACUUAUAAAUAUGAAUCGGCCGAUAUUUACACAGAGGACCCCACAUUCAUCGGGUUUCAAUCGAAACCUAAAACAUUCAAUAAUAAUGAUACUUGCUUAAAUAUUCUUGAUUUUAGAACUAGUCGGUUAUCACAUGAUGCACGAUAUGAACAGCAGUAUAUGACAAAAACGGAUGCGCCAUUUAUUUUUACUUAUGUUGAUAUGAAAGUUUGUUGUAAUCGUCAGGUUUCUGUUACUGUCUCUCGCAGUGUCUUCCCCCAGACCCGUCUUUACGUCGAUGGAAAAAUGUUUAGUGAGCAAGAACAGACUGACCUUGGUCGGUUUAUCCUAUAUGGAGGCCGUCAGUCAGAUCCUUCUAAAUUAUCUAAAGAUGGUCAUGGGAAAAUCGCACCUUCUGGUAAACAGUUAACCUGGAUUAAAAAAGUUUAG